AUGGCGUUCUCGGAGGGCCAGCGGAUUGGAAAUGGUGGUGUCAAGGACACAGUCCAAAUACCCGAAAAAGAAGCCCCAAACGGCACCGAAGAAGCAGGCAGCAGAAAUGAAGGCCUAGGAAACAACCCAUCAUUUAGCCUGGCAAACUCCAGCGCGCAAAACGGCAACCCCAGCAAAAACCAAAACGACACAUACCUGGACGAUGAAUACCAAGACUACAACCCGCAAUACGGACAAGGGAACUACGGCCCGACAUGGAGUCUGGCGCAGCCACUCCCUCACAUUGUGCGACCAGGUAUGCGCCACGGCGCGUUACCAGAAGACCGAAAAGAGAACGCAGAAGAUAUGAAACGGCGGGGCGAAGAUCCCAGUCAGAAAGGCGCUGCGCAGAAACAGCAGGUGGCUGAUACGCGCGUUAAGCAGAACAAGGAUACGGAUAAGGAGGGCUUUUUUAAUACUUGGACUAAGAUUCGGCAUUAUUUGAGGGAGCCGAUGGCUGAAUGGCUCGGAACAACAGUAGCAAUGACAAUCGGCCUCUGCGCAACUCUCUCAAACUUCACCUCAAACGGCCAAGCGGGCUCCUACCCAGCCCAAAGCGCAGCUUGGGGCUUUGGUUUCAUGGUCGCGAUCUAUACAACAGGUGGUAUAUCCGGAGGCCACAUGAACCCAGCCAUAUCAAUCUCGCUAUCCGUAUUCAGAGGAUUCCCCGCGCGAAAAUGCCUCAUCUACAUCGCAGCGCAGCUCCUCGGUGCUAUUACCGCUGGCGGGUUCGCGUAUGCGUUGUACCAUGAUGCGAUUGUGGAGAUUGCAGCUGCGUCGAAGGUCCCGCAGAAUGCUAGUGCGGCGAUGUCUGCGCUUAUUACUAUGCCGAAGUCCUUUGUGCAUCCGGUUACGGCAUUUUUCACUGAGUUUGUUGGGAGUGCUAUUCUUAUUGGUGCUAUCUUGGCGCUGGGUGAUGAUACUAAUGCGCCGCCUGGGGCUGGUAUGCAGGCGUUUAUUCUGGGGAUUUUGAUUACGGUUAUUAUUCUUGCGUUGGGGUAUAAUACUGGCGGGUGCUUUAACUGUGCGCGCGAUUUCGGUCCUAGACUCGUUGCUCUUAUGGCUGGAUGGGGUGGCCAUCUCUUCCGUGAAUACCAUGCUUGGUGGGUAUGGGGACCGUGGUGUGCCGAUAUCAGUGGUGCAUUAUUCGGAGCAUUAAUCUACGACAUUGCUAUCUUCACCGGUGGUGAAAGUCCCGUCAACUACCCACCACGGCGACGCAAGCGCGCCGUUCGCGCUAGAUCAUUGAAUCUGCGGAAGAAGCUAGGUCUUGGAAAGAGGAGGAUUGGAGAUCUGGAGAGAUCUGUUCGAGAGACUGAAGAGUGA